AUGACUAUACAUAAAUUUUUUCUUUCUUCAUUUCGACGGAAGAUUUAUAACUUGAAUAUAUUUAAAGGAAUAAAUACGCAAAAUUUAUAUUAUUCCACAAUAAAUUGUAAUACUAUUAAAAAUGAUGUAACACUUAAUGAGCAUAAUUUAAAACCUCAUUGGAUAAAUAUUGAUAAUAAUAAAAAACUUAAGAAUAAAUGUGUAGAUGAGACUUAUAAAAAUGAAGAGUCAAAGGUUCAGAAUAAUGAAUAUUUAUAUAUAUCUAAAAAAUCUAGGAUGAUGAAAUAUAUUAUAAGAUUACGAAAAAAAAAAAACUUUCGAAAAAAAAAUAAUUCCUUUUUUGUUAAAGAUUCUAAUACAAUAUUACAUUUAUCAAAAAAUAAGAAUAUUGAAUUUGAAGCAGUAUUAGGAACAAAUAAAGAUUUAUUAAAUAAUUUUAAAAAUAUGGAAUGCACAAAGUUAUAUUAUAUAAAUAAAGAUAUAUUAAAUUAUAUAUUUUCUGAUACUUUAAAUGUCAGGAGACAUGAUAAAAAUGAUGCUGUGGCUAUAAUAAAGAUACCACAUUUAUCAAAUAAAAUAGAUAAUAUUAAAUUUUUAUUAGUACUUGAUCGAAUUAGAUAUGCAUAUAAUCUUGGAAAAAUAUUAAAUGUUGCAUAUUCAAUGAAUGUAGAUUGUUUAUAUUAUACAAACCAUACUGUAGAUCCUUAUAACCCUAAAGUUAUGGAAAUAACUAAAGGAACACAUUUAAAUAUUCCUCAUAUAUUUGGAGAUUAUCAUAAACUAGAACAAUUAUGUAAGGAACAAAAUUUAAUACCUAUUGUAGCACAUACGAAUGGACAAAAUAUAGAUACCUUUUUUAAAAAAAAAAAAAAUAAUAUAAAUGGUAUCUGUCUCAUAUUAGGAAAUGAAUCAACAGGUCCCCACACAGACGUAUUCAAAUAUGCCCACCCGAUUCAUUUACCUAUGCACGAAAUGACCAACUCCCUAAACGUUUUUGUUGCAGCCAGUAUUUUAAUUCAUUAUAUAAAAAAAUGCUGUUUAUAA